AAAAGCCGGGAGGGCUGAUCCUGAUGGGGACCGUAGCGCAGCAGGACCAGGCGAUCUUGCCUCCACUUUUUGUCGAAACAGUUUUGCCUGCUUGCUGGCGGGGACAGGGAAAUAGGCUGUUGGCUCACUCCAUCGCCUCCCUUUUCGAGGGGGAUUUCCAGCCAGGCAGCAGGCGAGAUCAUUCCUCCCGUGUCCCUUUGCUUUCGUUUUCACCCGCGGAGUUGCUGCCGAGUCAACCAACUAACCGAUGGUGGUGCGCCGAGAAGAGGGCUGCCAGGAGCCUCGGAAUUCGCCGCUGCGGCCCAGGCGAGGGCUGAGGGCUCGCCUGAGUCCAGUUGCAGAUGCAGAACUACUAUCAGCACUUGAAUAUCAGUAGGAUCUGGUUUUAAAUUAUGAAGGCAUUUUUCAUGGGACCACUGCACGUCUACAAAUUUGUAUACAUCAGUACUAUGACAUCGGUUUUAUACAGCACACUUGGAACAUCUUUAUCAACGCUCAGCCUGACAAUGAAAUCAAUGAAUUUUGAGUAUAUUUUAUCAUGGGAAGGUGGAAAUAAUACACAAGCACCAACCUACUAUAGUGUGAUGUAUCUGAGUUCGGGUGGUUGCCUUCCUACAUCGGAACCGGUUGAACAAUCCAACAACAAGCAUGACUAUAGGAACAUCAAGGAGUGCUCCAAUAUCACACAUUCAUUUUGUAACCUGACAGAUGAGUUUACAGAUCCUUGCAAGACAUAUAUAAUACUAGUGAAAACGUUCCCAGAAUAUGCGGCAAAUUGUUCAGUCUGCACGUUCAUUCCAUACACAGAUACAUGCUUAGGACCACCUGAUUUUAAUAUUUCUGCUUGUUCGAACUGCGUGAAUGUGACAGUGAAAAUUCUUUCUUCAUUGCUUAAUAUAUACAGAAAUUUGGAUUAUACAAUAAAUGUGAAAACUGUGGAUUUUGAAGAACAGGUUCUUGAAAAGAAUAAUACGACAAAAAGAGAGAAUUUUUACACUGUUUUUGAAGGUUUGCAACAAAACACAAAUUACUGUGUUUCUGUUGAUGUGCAUUCUUCUGUAAAUAAAAAAUGUGCUCCAUCUCCCUGGAAAUGUAUUGUGACAAGCUCCAAAGAUAAAUCAGGUCUCAUUGCCCCAGUCUUAAUUGCCAUACUUAUCUCAAUAGUAUUUGGAUUUGCUAUGAUAUUACUGUACUUGGCAGGCUUUGUUGGCUUAAAAUUGAAAAAAAGGUCCAAAGUUUUGGAACCCACACACAAAUUAAACUAUUCACUUUUUGACUCUCAUCCUGAAGAAGUGCACAGUGUUCAAAUGAUCUGUGAGAAGGGGGAAGCAGUUGGGGGAAACAGUUAUGAUGCUGAAAGUGGUAACAAAAAAGAUGCCAUAUAUACAAAUCACAAGCCCUUGAGCACAAUUUUAAAAUCCCAUUCCAAGGCAGACAUAAAAGAUACAGCAUCUACAGGCUGUUCGUCAGCUGCAAGUGACUGUCAGAUAUCUGAAGUUAUAGAUGCUGAGGUAGAAGACUCUCAAUAUGAUGAAGACUCCCAAUAUGAUAAGGAAGAAGACAGCACAAUGGACCAGAUGUUUUAUCCUUCUGAAACGAACUCCUCUUCUAUACCUGAACCAGAGGAUGGCGGAUGUUUAAAUAUCAACUUAAAUACUGUGAAAUUAGAAAUACCCAGUGCAAAUUGGGAUGAUUUGGAAACACUAAUCUUUCAAGAAGACAUAUCAGACUUGCAGGAGCCAUGCAUUCCUGAUGCUUCUGAACCAAGACAUUUUGCUAGUGUAGCGGAUAUGCAGAACUCUGGUAUUCAUGACCUCUCACAUACGUGGCAAAAUUAUAGUGGGUCUGAAGAAAGUGAAUCAUCAGAUUCAGAAAUUGUUGGUGAAUACAUGAGAAGAUGAAUCAAUGGAUAGAAAAGUUACCACUCGCUAACUCUUUUACAGUUUACUCCAGUGUUAAAGAACAUCUGGCUUGGUUGGCUUGUGUUGUCUGUUGCUUUUAGUAUGCAUGAAAGUAGCAGUGUUGUGAACAUGCAUAUAUGCUCUGUUGCCAAGUCCUGACAACAAACUAGCCUACUUGAAUGUCAAGAUCCCUCCCUGAAAGUCAGCAAAGCAAAUCCAAUUUUAUGUAUAAUUUUGAAUAGAAUGUAAGGACCCGCUUAUCAACUCGAGGGUGACUGGAAGAUGUAAGUAAUACAGAAGUAAUACAGAAGUCUUGAGCCUGGACUUCUCCUAAGCAUUGAUAAUCAAUGUCAUGUGAUUACCCAAUAUUAUUACGCUGAGGCAUUUUGCUGCUAAUGGAAGAUUACAAGAGAAUGGAUUUGCUGUUUCAUGAGGUUCUCAGCCAAAGGUUGCAUCCUUUUGCCAAUAUCAGGAGAACUCAGUGUCGUCACCUGUACUGUGUGUGAAGGUACACAAAAACAUGCAGUUCAGCACACCUGAUUUUCUGAUCCAAGUCAAAUUAGUGUCUGGGUUUUUUUUGUUUUUGUUUAAGGUGAUGCAACUCUUGCAUUAUCUCAUGGAAGCCAAACUGCCUGUCUAGCCAUUUCUAUGUGUGUGAUUUGUCCCAGACUCGGUGCUGUUAGGAAGCGGGUUCUUUCCACUUUCCCCACAGUGCUGUAUUGCAUUUGUGAACCUCCUGGGAUUUCUCUGCCUUUUCUCCAGUCUUUCUCAAACAUGCUUUGUUACAGUUUUUAGGAAAGAUCACAGUAAAGCCUUAAUGUCUGGUUUGGUUGAUACAACAGAUUUUCCCACCCACAUUGGCAGCUGUUUUCCCUGAUCCUGUCCAAGCAGCAUCAAUUUCCUUCCUCUGACCUGGAUGUAGCAGGGUCUCUGAAUUCACAGCUUUUUAAUUUUUUUAAAGCAAGUCUCUAGCGCCUUCCCUUGCAGAGAUAUAAGAAGAGCAUAUCUCCACAAUGGAAGGGGAUAGAGAGUUACCUUUUUAAAAAAAUUAAAGCUUAAAUUAAAAUUAAAAAUUAAGUCAGAGACCUUUUACACAUUUUAAAAAAUAUUUUAUAAUUUUGUUUUUAUAUAUGCUGCCUAUAUAUGCUGUUUUGUAAAUAUGUUUACACAUAUUUUAUAAUGUUAUAUUAAUAUAAUCUAGUGCUGAUCAAUAUAACGAGGUGAGAUGGUAGCGCUUAUGGAAAUAGCGCUGGAGAACGAAGGGGCAACGAGUGUGAGCCGGCCAAAUUCCUCUUCUUUCGUUUCAAACUGUAAUGAUCCUUCUUCAGGCCACAAUAUAUUACAUAAUCAGACAACCUGACUUAUUUUCCGUAUCUCGAGUCCAUAUGCUCACUGGCGGCAGGGAGACCAUUCAAGGACAUCCCUGCAUGGAAGCCACUUCUGUGACCCUGGUAUGACAAUCUGGUGAUGUGACUAGAGUGGAGGUUAAAAGCAUUGCUAAAUAGGCUUCCAUUCUCCCCACCCCUCCCUUUUAGACCAAGCCUUCCUAUGUAAAAAAAAUACAUAGCCUUCGAUAAUUUUCUUGUGAUCAUGGUGUCUCCUCUGCCAGGCAAAUUCACAUUAUUAUUACGGUUCAUAAACAGCACAUACCGAUUAAACAAAUAGUGAGAUUUACAAAAAUGCGUAUAAAACGUAAGUUUAAAAGCAAAGCUCAAGAACAGGAAAUAAAACAGGCUGUGUGAAACUCCCAUUUCAUGUAUCUAAUACCUUCUAUAAUAAUUCCUUGCAAAUUCUGUAAACUACAGCAAAAAAUCUGGCACUAGCCAAUGAGAGCUGAGUAAUUGGGUCAAAUAAAAACUUCUUAGUGAUAUCCAAAGGAGGGUAUAUGGAGACUCUCCUAAGCAAGGGUGUAGGAUCUUUGCACAAGCAUCCUGAUAAAAGUAACAGUGAAGCAUGAUAUGCUCGAUUGUCUUGACUUUGCCUGCUCUGCAAGGGCAGACCCUCUCAGGCCCUCAAAUAUUUUCCUUCUAUUAGGCUCCACUUCUAAUAAUACUUUCAAUAACCGUCAUUGAAUAUAAUGGAACUUACUUCUGAGUAGAUUUGCUUAGGAUUCCUCCCUAAACAUAAUAUUCACAUAAUCAAGACCAAACUUUAGUGUAUUCCAGAUGUUUGGAAUAUAACAGAGAAAAGAGAUACUUGUUGAAUAGUUGUUGAAUCAGAGCUGUGUUGAAUGACUUUAGAGCUAACUACACACAAAUGCAUGUUGCUGAGUUCUGGCCCUGUUGUUAAAAUAAAAAGCUGUCUUAGUGGGGGGAUUUAGAAUGAAGAAGUAGGAUGGAAAGGAGGACGGCUUAAUCCUUUCCUGACUAUUUCUCUAUGACGGCCAAAUACAAUUUUUGAAUCAUUGGAUGUUGUUUCUGUAACUACUUGUAGAGUUUACUAGCUGUCUUCCCAUUCAUGAAGUUAUGACACAUGUAAAGAGUCAUGGUAUUUUGGGAAGAAGUCUAGAAUCUAUAGUACUGAAUUCCAUCUCUUACCUUGGCUGGCUGGUGGUAGCCCGAGUUCAGAUUGUUUUAUGGUGCUAAGAACACUGGUUUUCUAACUGGUUAAGAGAAUGCCUUCUUUCUUGAACAGGAACUCACUUCCUUGCAGUAUUUUCUGAAAUUUCUGAGCAGUUGCAGUGAGCAUUGCUGAAGGGUUCCCUUCCAGCCUGCUGCUCAAAAUGUCAAGACUGCGACCCUUCUUAACAAACGUAAGGAAUUUCCCACGUUGAUGCCUAUGCAUUUCAAGCAGCUGAACUAUAGAAAUAAUACUGAAGAUUUUUGAGCAUUAGCACUGUGAAAGUGAAGGUUUUUUACUUAAUUACUUCUGUAUGUUCUUUGUGGUUUUUAUCAAAUUGUACAGAAUUUUGUAUGCUUUAAAACACAAUAAAUUUAUUACC